ACCUUCUUCCCUUUAUAAUCCCCUCUCCCUCCUCUUCCCUCUCUCCGAUUUUCUCACCUUUUCCCUCACUUUCUCUCCUACCAAACAACCACCAGCCAUGGGCAGAUCUCCUUGCUGCGAGAAGCAGCACACUAACAAAGGCGCUUGGACCAAAGACGAAGACCAACGCCUCAUUAACUACAUCACUCUUCAUGGCCAAGGCUCUUGGCGCUCCCUUCCCAAAGCCGCCGGGUUGCUCAGAUGCGGGAAAAGUUGCAGGCUCAGAUGGAUUAAUUACCUCAGACCUGAUCUCAAGAGAGGCAAUUUCACUCCUGAGGAAGACAACCUUAUCAUUAGCCUUCACAGCUUACUCGGCAACAAGUGGUCUCUCAUUGCAGCAAGGUUACCGGGUCGAACCGAUAACGAGAUCAAGAACUACUGGAACACCCAUAUCAAGCGCAAACUCUACAGCCUCGGAAUCGACCCUCAAACUCACCGUCCACUCAACGCAGCCGCCGCAGCAAACACAACGGAGAUCACCGGUAAGAAGAGAAGUAGCGGCAACCACCAAAAUAACCCAAAACUUGAGCUAGUCUCGUCAGGCGAAGAUUCAAGCAGCAACAGUAGCAGCGGGAUUACCACAGAGGAAUCAGCAGACAAUUCUGAUCAUCAUCAACAACAACUCAACUUGGAGCUCUCAAUAGGUCUUCCUUCUUCCUCUGACGACACUAAAACCAUCGUCGUUCACCCCUCAGGAAGCUUAAAACGACAACGACGAGAGGAAGUGCAGGUUGCGUUGCGGUGGUAUGGGAACGAUAAUGAAAGUGGUGAACAAGUUUGUUUGUGUUGCAGUUUAGGUUUUCAGAGUGUUGGUGGUAAUCAAGCAUGUAGGUGCAAAGCCAUGAAGAGUAGUACUUCUUCUUCAGUAAUUACUGCACCUACUUCAACUGCUCGGCAUCAGACAAUAACGUUUACAGAUUUUUCACACCCAUGAAUUAGUUCUUAUUAGCUAGAUACUGCUAGUCUAAUUAUCGUAGAAUUAAUCAAUUCCCAACGCUAAUUAUUACUUACCGUAAUAUUUUUGUUGUGUCUUGUUAGAAACGAUUAUAAUGGAAAUAGCUCUACCGUACCA